AGAGCGUCAGAAGCGGGUUCCCAGCCCGGAGCUGAGCGCGGCCUUUCUGGGGCUUUCCUCGCACGGGCUUGUCGGAGAAGCGCCCUCUUGUAAGCCCGUGUGUGCAGAAAAGAGAAGCUGCGCGUCUUUCUGUUUUGGACUGGCUUUUAGACUUACUGCACAGACUUCUCUGGAGCUGAUGUUUUCAUAACGCUUCAAGAGUGGCUGAGAAACUAGUUGCUGGAAUGCUUUAGGGGGGAAAAAACCCAUGAGGGUGUGGAAUUACUUUUACUGAAUUGGUGGAAUUAUUUCUAUCCCGACCAAAUAAGUAAUUGGAAUCAUGGAUCAGAACAACAGCUUACCACCUUACGCCCAGGGGUUAGCAUCCCCUCAGGGUGCCAUGACUCCUGGAAUUCCAAUUUUUAGCCCAAUGAUGCCCUAUGGCACUGGAUUGACACCACAGCCGGUCCAAAGCAGCAACAGUCUAUCUAUUCUGGAGGAGCAGCAGAGGCAGCAGCAGCAAGCAGCACAACAGUCCACAUCACAGCAAGCAACACAGGGAACAUCCAGUCAAACGCCGCAGCUCUUCCAUUCACAGACUCUUACUACAGCUCCUUUACCAGGAACCACGCCACUCUAUCCCUCUCCAAUGACUCCUAUGACCCCAAUAACGCCUGCAACACCUGCAUCUGAGAGCUCCGGGAUUGUGCCACAGCUGCAGUGAGUGUACUUGGUAUAUUUUUAUUAUACAAUCUCUCCCACCCAUACAGGGAGCCUUUUAAAGAUUUAGUGACUUAAAUGAUUUAAAACUUCUGUUAAUGUGGCAGUUCAGUAGUAGAAGUGGGACUUCUUGCUGAUCUUUGUAAGCCAUAGAUCUAAUAUGCACUCUGUUGGGCUGUUUA